UAUCUAUAUAUCUCUGUAAACCAUAUUCACUCAUCUUCUUGAAGACAAAGAUCGAAACUUUGCACACACAAAAAUGGCCACAGUCACCUCAGCCGCCAUUGCGAUCCCAUCCUUCACCGGCCUGAAAGCAAACUCCGUCUCCGCCGCAAAACCCACGACGGUGACCGUAUCCGCCGGCGUCAGGACACCGAAGCUCUCCGUGAGAGCCUCCCUGAAAGACGUCGGAGUGGCCGCAGUCGCCGUCGCAGCCUCUGUCGCCCUCGCCGGGAACGCCAUGGCGAUCGAAGUUCUGCUCGGAGGAGGAGAUGGGUCGUUGGCGUUCGUCCCGAACGAUUUCAGCGUGGCGAAAGGGGAGAAGAUCGUGUUCAAGAACAAUGCUGGGUUCCCGCACAACGUGGUGUUCGACGAGGACGAGAUACCGAGCGGAGUGGACGCGAGCAAGAUCUCGAUGGACGAGCAAGAUCUGUUGAACGGUCCCGGAGAGACGUACGAGGUUGCCUUGACGGAGCCGGGAACUUACAGCUUCUACUGUUCGCCGCAUCAGGGUGCGGGUAUGGUCGGGAAAGUCACCGUCAACUGAGUGGCAAAUCUGUAAUUUGCAUCAAAUGAGUCAUAUCUAUAUCCAUCUCUAUGAACCCCGUUUGGUUUUGAGAUUUUAUCGAUAAUGAUGUGUUUAGAAUUA